GGUUUACUGCUAAUCUGUUCAAUUAUAGCGACCCCCUCCUUUUUGCACUGCUGCUGCGACUGUUGACGACGACUAUAUGUCCGAAGCGCUGCAGACGAUAUAUAUGAGAUAUAUUUAUAAAACUCCCUAUACCAUUUCCAUCGUGGUGUUAUUGUUUUGACUGCAUUUCGUCUCGUACCGCCAGCAAGCUCCUGUUUUGCCUUCCGCCUUCGUCUCGAAACGCCAGACCACCACCGUCGCCCCCAAGUUGGACAGCACCGAGGUUUUCCAUGGUAUCUAGCAUUAUGCAGCUAUGCGGGCGCCAGAAAGUCGUCCAGCGGAAGAUGGUUCUGCUAGGGGACGGUGCUUGCGGCAAGACCUCGGCUUUGAAUGUGUUUACCAGGGGGUUUUUCCCUACUGUUUACGAACCUACUGUUUUUGAAAACUAUGUUCACGAUAUCUUCGUCGAUAAUGUUCACAUGGAGUUGUCGCUGUGGGAUACCGCCGGACAAGAAGAAUUCGACCGCCUCCGCGCUCUUUCGUACGAGGAUACCCACGUUAUAAUGCUUUGUUUUAGUGUUGACAACAGGGAUUCCUUUGAAAAUGUCUCGUCCAAAUGGAUGGCUGAAAUCCACGAAAACUGUCCCGGCGUGAAACUGGUGCUGACAGCACUAAAAUGUGACUUGCGAAAGGACGAAGAGCAAAAUGAGAACCCGGAUGCCGUUGCUUUUGACGAGGGCCUUGCUAAGGCCAAGGAGGUUGGCGCUGUGAAAUAUCUUGAAUGCUCAGCAGUGCAAAAUCGUGGUAUCCGCGAAACUUUCUACGAAGCGGCCAAAGUCGCGCUCGAGGUGAAACCAGCCGGUGGAAGCACCAGCAGUGGAUGCAUUAUUAUGUGAUUGAUACUUUGACGCCUAUUCCACCUGCAACUCACGACCACUCGUUCUAAUCUACAACUUUUUCAUACCCUUCCAUUCAUGAACAUUCUUACGACAUGGUUGAACACCCACAACAUUCGAAAACAAACCAUGACUCGACUGAUUUUUUCUUCUUAUAUUUCUCAUCUACCGACGUCUCUUCGACAAGAGUAUUAGUUUGGUUACUUAUUCAGCAUUUGGAGUUGGGGUUUUCACCACCGUCGCGAUAUGAUUUGAUAUCCCACCACGAAUGACUUAUUCAGUGUCUGCAUUUAGCUGAUCACGUUUACUUUACUAUCUGAGCAGAAGAACAUGAUGCUCUGUCUAAUUAUAUUAAUCAAUGUUAUGGAGGAGAUUUGUCAGCGACGUUG